AUGGCUCCCUACGAGAAAUCUAUGGAGAUGAUGCCCUUCAAGCAAAGGAAAUGCCUAGAAACAAGAAAACAUGAAGUGUGCAGUAUUCGGUCUAAAUUCCCAAACAAGUUGCCUGUGAUUGUGGAAAGGUACAUUCGCGAAAAGACCCUUCCCCUGUUGGACAAAACAAAGUUCCUGGUGCCAUUUGAGCUUACCUUGGGCCAGUUCCUCUGCCUGCUCAGGAAUAAGAUCGAUCUGGAGUCGAGCCAGGCACUGUUCCUCCUGGUCUCGGAGAAGAGCAUGUCCUGCAUGUCCGCCAGCAUGGGGGAGGUCUAUUCCCAGUACAGAGACCCCGAUGGCUUCCUCUACAUCACCUAUGCCUCACAGGAAAUAUUUGGGGCUCACCCAGCAGCCACGCCGCCCUGCUGA